AUGACUGUCAAUCUGGAUGACGAACUGUUCACCAGUGCCAUCUCCGGAUACUACGAAGCUUUUUUGGUCGAACACUCCCACCUCCCGGAAUCUGAACGAAACCAGCUAUGGAUUGAAAGGCUAAGUCAGUUCAUCCCGGCCUCCAAUGACCGGGAUUCCGACUGGCAGCACGCUGGAAGCCUAGGGAAACGGACUCGACAGGAUGCGACACCACGGACGUUGCCAUAUUCUGAGUCCGGUCUUCCUGAGGCAAAACGGAGAGCCACCACCCCGGAUCUCUCUCUCGACCCAAUACGCGACAUCUCCCACGCCUCCUACCCCGACAUACCUCGGAACGGCGCUGCCUUCUCGGGACAAGGCUCCUAUCGACACACGGCCAUGGUACGCUCCCAGAGCCAGCAAAUUCCGGUCUCCCACCAGCACCAGCUCGCUGGUGCCGUCACAGGUAAACGCCAAUCCGUCGGCCCAGUACGGACCCAUUGUCGCCUCGACCAUGUCGACGAAUUUUCGCCAUCCGAGUAUGCGAAGCAUUUGGACGCUUAUCCUAGUCAACCCUUUGACUCGGCCUUGACUUUGGGACUUGCAAAUCAUGGACAAACCGGACCAUCGUUCCCUCAACACCCUGACCGGACGUCCCCCUGGACCGACCAGGCCCCAGCAGUUGCGCCGGAGAUGUCCCGUAGCACAACUACCGACUCCCUGGUCGGCGGAAUCAACAUGUUCCGCUUCGACUCCACUGGACCACCCAACUAUCAAGAACCGACCAGCUCCGUCCCGACAGAGUGGGUGCCAACAUCCACAUCCGGCCUGCCGUAUCAAGACCCCUUUCUCUCCCCCGUGUACCCUGACCUAGAUCCUUUAUCCUCUUCCCCAUUCUCCCACCGUUCUCCCUUCUCCAACUCCUCAUUCUCAGCAUCCGCUCCCCCAACCACAUCUUUCCGCUACCCAAUGCCCCACAAUCGUCUCCCCAUCGACUCCAUCGACGGCAAUAAUUUGGCAACACAGCGCUCCCGCGCUGCCCGCCGCACCAAAGAGCAAAUCGCCCAGGCUGCGCGCCCUAUUGCCCCAAAAGUCGAGUCCGUCGAAAGCAGCAUGUCCCAAAUUGACCCCCACAGGAUGCUGCGCAUCUCCUCAGCAAACGGCACAACGAAGGAAGUCGCCGCUAUCCCCAAGGCCUCAAUACGGCGACCGCCGCGACCAAAGACAUACUGCCGCAUCUGCACAGAUCAUCCAGAUGGAUUCCACGGCGAGCACGAGCUACGCCGCCAUAUUGAGCGUGUACACGCUACCGUCCGCACAGUCUGGGUCUGCGUUGAUAUCUCACCUGGCAAGUACUUCCUUGCGAAUUGCAAAGCUUGUCGGAAUGGGAAGCGCUACGGCGCCAAUUAUAAUGCUGCUGCGCAUCUGCGUCGCACGCAUUUCAAUCCCUGUGAGCGGGGCCGUGGCGGGCGUGGGAAAGAUAGUGAAAAGCGCGGUGGGAAGGGUGGAGGUAACCAGCCUGGCAUGGAUGUGUUGAAACAUUGGAUGAUUGCCGCUGAGGAAGUCACCGAUGAGGCGGCUGGCGGUGGCUCAACCUCGAGGCUUCUGAUUCGGAACCCUAGCCGCUUUUCGACUAGGGACCCUGGGUAUCAGCUUGCUGUUGCUGCUUGUCGUCUGGUGGAGAGUCAGCCUCCCUAUGUGGUGCAGUCAGCUCUGCUGAAGGAGUCUGACCAAUUCCCCGAGUUUCCUGAUGCGCCGUUUGAGUUUGAUUUUGAGCUGGACCUCGAUCUAGACCUCGACAUCGAGGACUCGAUGAGUUCCCCGUUCUCGGGUUCGCAGUCAUCCUGCCGGCCUGAUAUUGAUUCGUAUGUCAAGUGA